AUAAACUUAAAAACAUAAAAAAAGAACUCUCCACUCGCUAAAAUUACUCAUUACUCCUCCAUCUCUCUCCUUGUCUUCCUCUCUCUCUCUCUCUCACUUCCCGUCUCUCCUCCCUCUCUUUCUCUCUCUAAUCCAAAAACCAUCAAAACCCUAAAAACCUUGAUCUUGCCGGACCCAUCUCCGGUCCGACCCGAUCCCCCAUUUCCUUCCUCCACCUAAAGUACAAAAGAAGGAAAGAAACGGAGGGAAAUUACAGCGAAUUGAUAGAUAGACAUACAAAGGCUACGAAAUGUACAAGAACCAGCUCCAGGAGCUGGCGCAGAGGAGCUGCUUUAAUCUUCCUUCUUAUACCUGCAUAAGGGAAGGCCCUGACCACGCGCCUAGAUUCAAAGCCACCGUUAACUUCAACGGCGAAACCUUUGAAAGCCCUCACUAUUGCUCUACUCUUCGUCAGGCUGAGCACUCCGCCGCCGAAGUCGCCCUGAACUCCCUCUCUAACCGUGGCCCUUCUCAUUCUCUCGCUGCUCGCAUUCUGGAUGAAACUGGGGUAUACAAGAACCUUCUACAAGAAAUUGCACAAAGAGUUGGUGCUCCUUUGCCACAAUACACGACAUUCAGGUCAGGCCUCGGGCACCAACCUGUUUUUACUGGGACAGUAGAAUUGGCUGGAAUUACAUUCACUGGUGAACCUGCCAAGAAUAAGAAACAAGCUGAGAAGAAUGCAGCCAUGGCAGCCUGGUCAUCUCUAAAACAAUUGGCAAAAGAAGAUGCAAGUUCUUCAUCUGAACCAGAGAACAGUGAUGAGCUAGAACAAAUUACAAUUGCACGUGCCCUGUUGAAUUACCGUUUGAAGGAAAAAAUGGCAAUGGCAAGCUCCCCCAACUCCCCUAUACCAUUUUCGAAAAAGUUUCAAAUGCAUAGCCCUAGGCCAACAAGUCCACAAUCUGCCCCUGUUACCUCAUCUAAAAUCCUCCCCUUAAUUUGCCCUAAGACAACUCAGCGAAAUAGACCUACUUCAACUACAGCAGUUGACAGACAUGUACAACCUAGACCCACAUCAACUGCAGCAAAUGAUAGAACUGUACCGGCACGACACUCACCUCCUUUAGAUCUCUGGGCAACUCAUCCUCAGAAAUUCCCUGCAGCAGGAGCAGCUCCUUACGUUCCUAUUCGACAAUAUGUAGCACAUUGCCACGGGAUGGCUCAACCGGUGAGAAUAAGAACUGUAGAGCCUGUUUUUGCUGCACCUCCAUGUCAACAACCAUCGCUCCCUCCUCAAGUAAUGCGAGGACUGCCUCAACAACCUCCACCUGUCACCAUUAGGCCAACAUCGCUAGUAUAUGCUGCUUCACCAGCAGUUCGAAAAGAUCUCAUGAAUGUUCGAAAUGAUAAUGUGUCUGUCUGGAAAGAAGAUUCUCCGGCUGUUCAAAAAGAUCAUCAGGUGGUUCAGAAAGAAGAUUGUAUGGGUGUUCAAAAACAUCAUCCGGUGGUUCAGAAAGAAGAUUAUAUGAUCAUUCAAAAAGAUAAUCCGGUGGCUCAGAAAGAAAAUUCUCAGGCUGUUCAAAAAGAUCAACUGGGUGUUCAGAAAGAAGAUUCUCAGGCUGUUGAAAAGGAAGAUCCUCUAAACAUUACAAAAGGAGAAGAUAAGACAACUGCUAUUACUGCUGCCAUGCCAAAUAAAUUGCCAGCUCAAACAGAAGAAAGUGGGAAAACAGCAAUAGAUGACAAGCUACAAGAAUCCGAGUCGAUACAGAGCUUGGAACAACUGAAAAUCUAGUCAUGGCUUGGGAUAGUUGGGGUCCGUGGGAGACAAACCAGAUAGAUUUUUACGCUUGUCUCACUUUUGUUGUAGUAUCUCUCUCAUAUUAUUAUAUGAGUGUUUCUAUUUUAACCUUUCAUUUUCUCUGUUUUUACUGUUUUUGAUUUUGUUCUCUUAGAAGCCGCAGUUGCUGCAGGUUAAAAUUAGCAUGGUCAGUGCCAUAUCUUUGCAAUUCAAGAGUUUGCUUUGUAUUAGUAUCGUCAGUCAGUGCAUAGCCAUAUGGUAUAGAAUGAUACUACUAAUCGUUUCAGUAAAUUCAGUUUACGGCUUUGGCCUGAUUAUCGAA